AUGGUUUUUAAUGCUCUGGUAAUUGUCUCAAUCUGGACAACACCUUCAUUGCAUAAGCCAUCGUAUGUCCUUAUCGCCAAUCUUGCGAUCACUGAUUUCAUAGUUGGAGCUGUUGCAGAUCCAUCGAUGUUCGUUGUAAAUUUGGCAGCACUUGAAGAUUGGGAGAGCGUUUUCUGUUUCUCUUCAUUUGUUGGUCGAGGAGGUGGGUAUUGGAUGGGAGCCAUGUCUCUGUAUACGCUGACUGCCAUAAGCGUUGACCGUCUACUAGCUAUCAAACUCAAGAGUCGCUAUAAGACUAUCGUAACUUUGAAGAAAGUCGUUAUCAACUUGAUCUUUUGUUGGAUCGGAACUUGUUGUCUUCUUACAUUGUUCAAGUUAAGCAUUACCAUGGUAACUAUAAUCCUAUCUACGUACUUGUUCCUACUGCUUGGGACUCUGACAACUUGCUAUGCAAUGGCGUACUACAGCUUAAAAAGAAUGAUGUCACCAGUAUCACCAAACACGACCAGAGAUACACUGCCUGGUAACGCGAGUUUUCAUGCCCAGAAAUACAGAAGAACCCUGAACACGACGUUGCUAGUCUUCUUCACCGUCAUCCUCUUCUAUUUUCCGUAUCUGUGCUCCCUAGUGACAACAGCGAUUAUAUACAAGGUCGUGCCAAACGCUUCGCAAAGUGGGUUCAGGGACUUUUUGUACAGAUUUAUCACUUCGAGCGAGCUGGUGGUUUUUGUUAACUCUACUAUGAACCCAUUUUUGUAUUUAUGGAGAAUGAAGGAUCUAUCUAGAGCUGCAAAGGAAACUCUAAAGAGGAUUUUUGGGUGCAAAAGAACUGUAGGUGAAAAAACCUUGGCUAAUCGAAGUGUCCAGCAAAGUUAA